AUGUCCAGCCUAGAAAGCGAGUGCUUAAGCCUAAUUGAACAAAAUAAUGAAGAAUUUUCAUACUCCUUACAGAAGUACAAGCUACAUACACUUGCCACAAAAGAGAUUUCUUCCCAAAGUGACAGCAUAUUUGGAUAUUUUCUGUUAUAUUUACUGGCAAAAGGACAGACAAAGAGAUAUUCUUUGAAUAGACUGGAAUUAUCAGAUGUAAUUGACAUAGAUAAGUCAGAAUGCAUUAAAACAGUAGACUAUAUCUGGAGAUGCAGUAUUCUUGGGGAUAUUCCUCAGAUGAAACACGCCCUGGAUGCCCUUCCAAAGACACAUUUGAAAAUUGGUCUAGCAGCCUGCGAAUUUCUCCAAGAGAGAAAGGGAAAGGUGGAAGAGUGCAAGAGAGGAAGGAAGGAAAGUAAGAUUCAACAAAUUGUUAAAACAUCCAAUAUGUUCUUCAGAGUAUAA